CGGGGCGGGGCCUGCGCCUAGGGGGCGGAGCGGGGCGGCGCUCUAGGCUGAGCGGGAGGUCGCGGCUGCAGACGCUCACUGGUGGCAGAUCUGGAGGCGGCUGCGGUAGCAGAGCUCCGCGGCCGUGGUCGAAUCUGUUCGGGAGCCAUGAGCGUGGACAAGGCCGAGUUAUGCGGGUCUCUGCUCACCUGGUUGCAGACGUUCCAUGUCCCAUCCCCCUGUACCCGCCCCCAGGAGCUGAGCAGUGGCCUGGCCAUAGCCAAUGUGCUGAACCAGAUAGACCCUUCCUGGUUCAAUGAGGCAUGGCUCCAGCGCAUCUCAGAGGACCCAGGUCCCAACUGGAGGCUGAAGGUCAGCAACCUAAAGAUAAUCUUACAGAGCCUGGUGGAGUACUCCCAGGAUGUCCUGGGACAUCCCAUUUCAGAGCAGCACCUUCCGGACGUGAGCCUCGUUGGCGAGUUCUCAGACCCCGGAGAGCUUGGCAAGCUGCUGCAGCUAGUGCUGGGCUGCGCCAUCAGUUGCGAGAAAAAGCAGGAGCAUAUCCAGAGAAUCAUGACACUGGAGGAAGCAGUUCAGCAUGUGGUGAUGGAAGCCAUCCAGGAGCUCAUGACCAAAGAUACCCCUGAUGCCUUGUUGCCAGAGUCAUAUGGGAACUUUGACAGCCAGUCCCGUAGGUACUACUUCCUGAGUGAGGAGGCUGACGAGGGGGAUGAGCUGCGACAGCGCUGUCUGGAUAUGGAGCGGCAGCUGGUGCUCCUGUCAGAGGAGAAGCAGAACCUGGCACAAGAGAAUGCAGUGCUGCGGCAGCAGGUGGGCAGGCCAGAGGGCGAGGGAGCCACAGGUCUCACUGCCAAGAAGCUGCUGCUGCUACAGUCCCAGCUGGAGCAGCUGCAGGAGGAAAAUUUCAGGCUAGAGAGUGGCAGGGAGGACGAUCGUCUGCGCUGUGUCGAGCUGGAGCGGGAGGUCACUGAGCUGCAACAGCGGAACCAGGCGCUGACCAGCCUGGCCCAGGAAGCGCAGGCGCUGAAGGAUGAGAUGGAUGAGCUGCGGCAGUCCUCGGAGCGUGCUGGGCAGCUAGAGGCUACACUGAGCAGCUGUAGGCGCCGCCUGGGAGAGCUCAGGGAGCUGCGGCGGCAGGUGCGGCAGCUGGAGGAGUGCAAUGCUGGCCAUGCGGAGCGCACGCGGCAGCUGGAGGAUGAGCUGCGCAAGGCUGGUUCCCUGCGUGCCCAGCUGGAGGCGCAGCGACAGCAGGUUCAGGAACUGCAGGGCCAGCGGCAGGAAGAGGCUAUGAAGGCAGAGAAGUGGCUAUUUGAAUGUCGAAAUCUGGAGGAGAAGUAUGAGUCGGUGACAAAGGAGAAGGAGCGGCUGUUGGCAGAGCGGGACUCCCUGCGGGAGGCCAAUGAGGAGCUUCGUUGUGCCCAGCUGCAGCCUCGGGGCCUGACCCAGGCUGACCCCUCACUGGAUCCCACCUCACCAGCUGUGGAAAACUUAGCAGCAGAGAUCCUACCUGCAGAGCUCAGGGAGACGCUCCUGCGGCUUCAGCUGGAGAACAAGCGUCUGUGCCAGCAAGAGGCCGCCGACCGGGAGCGGCAGGAGGAGCUGCAGCGCCACCUGGAGGAGGCCAACCGCGCGCGCCACGGACUGGAGACACAGCACCGACUGAACCAGCAGCAGCUGUCGGAGCUGCGGGCCCAGGUGGAGGACCUACAGAAGGCCCUGCAGGAGCAGGGGAGCAAGACCGAGGAUUCCACGCUGCUGAAGAGGAAGCUAGAGGAACAUUUGCAGAAGCUGCAUGAGGCAGAUCUGGAGCUGCAGCGGAAGCGGGAGUACAUCGAGGAGCUGGAGCCACCUGCUGAUGGCAGCACAGCCCGGCGUAUUGAGGAGCUACAGGACAGCCUGCAGAAGAAGGACGCGGACUUGCGGGCCAUGGAGGAGCGGUACCGCCGAUAUGUGGACAAAGCACGCACGGUCAUACAGACCCUGGAACCCAAGCAGCGGCCACCCAGAGGGGCGCCCCCAGAACUCCACACCUUGAGGACACAGCUCCGAGAGCGGGAAGUUCGCAUCCGGCACCUGGAGAUGGACUUUGAGAAAAAUCGAAGUCAGCGGGAGCAGGAAGAAAAGCUGCUCAUCAGUGCCUGGUAUAAUAUGGGCAUGGCCUUGCAGCAGCGAGCUGGGGACGAGCGGGCGCCCGCCCAUGCUCAGUCUUUCUUGGCACAGCAGCGGCUGGCCACCAACGCUCGCCGUGGACCCCUGGGACGCCUCACGUCCCUGAACAUGCGCUCCACUGACAAGCACUGAUGGACCUCAGGAUCCUGCCACCUGCCAAGUCAGUCAGGGCUUAAUCUACCCUGGAUUCUCCCAACUCAUCUAUGGCCCAGUGUCAUGCUUGGGUCAGCUGCUUGAAAGCCUCGAGAUCAUGACCUGUCUUUUGCUUUCCCAGGUGGGACAAAAGUGCAGGACAGAGUGGGAUGCAGGUAUGGGUCUGUUCUUUUUAGCAAUGUGAUUAUUUUCUUUGAUACUCCCCCUGUGGUUAAUGAGCUGCCAGGGUGGAGAGUGAUUUUAUAUUUGAGAAGAAAAAUAAUAAAGACUUUCAAUCUGC